CCGCAAGGUGCCCCGCCUAAGCAUGGGAGCCGACGACGCCGCGCCCGGGAUCGGGCUCCACCUGGAGCUUGACGACGCGGAGGAGGACCUCCUUUCAGUCCACGGGUCGCGGCCAGCUGGACGGCCGCGACAUGGCCCGACCAGCCGAGCCGAUGGUCCCCUCCGGUCGCUGGGCCGGGGCUUGCGCCGCGCGCUGCAGACACUGGCCGGCAGCCGGCCCGUGGCGCCGCCCUCGAGCCCGGCCGACACCGAGCGGCACUCGUUGGUGGCCGAGCUCAGCCGGUCGAACAGGGCAAGGCGCAAGUCGCCGGCAGCGCCGGGCCCCAGCCCGGGGGACCACCAUCUCCCGGGGGCCGGUCGCUCGGGACCCUUGAAGCCGCGCGCCGACCGGCGCCUGGUCCUCCUUCGCCAGGUGUUCUUGGCGACCAUCGCCGCCGCGGCUUUUGUCGCGCUGCUCGUGGUGCGUGGAAGCCCCCUCGCCGCGGCCCCCACGCCGAGGCCGUGCUUAAUCUGACUUUCGCGCGCGCCCCUGGUGCCCGACUCGCGGGCAAUCUCACUCCCCGCGCCCUCUCGCUGAGGCAGGUUUUUUCCCCACCCAGCGGGGAUAUCACCGUCGAUGGGCAAUACACAUGCGAGGCCGCGGUCCGGGCCUCCCUCAACAUGGUGGUCACCUCGACGGCCAACCUGCAGACGAGUGUCAUCCGGGCGGAGGACGCCCAGCGCCUUGCGCCCACCGUGCCGGAGCGUUUUGUCCUGGCAGCACGGCCCCGGCCGAUGGACUUGCAGAGUGUCGUGGCGCCGGUCGGCUUUGAGGAGCAGCAAAAUGACGCGUCCGUGGCCCGCGACGCCGGGUCCUGGUGGACCGUGCGCAUCAUGCCCUCGCCGGAGCUCCACUGCGACUCGCUCGGCUCGGACGCCUGCUCCAACCCCGGCAGCUGGUCCUUCUUCCCGCUGAACCCCUCGACCCAGCACCCGGGCUACUCGGGGUGGGACAGCGCGCUGCGCGCGCCGCGCGCAUGCGCCGGGCACGCGGCCUUCGACAUCCUGUACGCCACCCAGGGCGGGGAGAUCUUCGGCGCGGCCGACGAUGAGGGGCACAUCGAGCCGGACACGGCCGCCGGUCUGCCGGGCGGCGCGGCCGGCGAGCUGGCCGAUGCCACGGCCGGCUCUGCCGGCGCGGCCACCCCCCCCUCUGGGCCCCACCAGCCAACCAUCGGACGGGGCUGGUAUGAGGCCACGCUCUACAUGCCCAUCGAGGGGGCGUGGAUUGUCGGGGCCCAUCUCCUGUGGGAGUACUACCCCCGGGGUCUGGAUAACUAUGCCACCCACCAGUCGGCCAUCGCCUCGCUGGCCGAGAACAUCGCCUCGCAGCAAUCCCCGGAGACCAACUUCCGGAACCGGCACCGCCAGGUGGUGUACCCCCUGCCGGCGCCCCUCGGGGCCGGGGCCCACAUCGCCGGGUCGCCAUCGCUCUUCUACCGGCCGGCCACGCGCGACCCGCGGUCGCCGCCCUCGCGCCAUGCCCGGCACAUUGCCCGGUCCUUCAGCAUCAGCCGCCGGCAGUUGCCGCUGUGCAAUUCGUCGUCCUCCCCCUCGGGCACGGUGCCGGACUUCACGCGCAUGGCCGGGGUCUGGUCGUCGGACGCCCUGUCGCUGUUCUUCCCCUCGGGCUGUCGGCUGGCCCGGAUCGCGCAUCCCCGGUGGCUGCCGCAGCCCCGGCGGCCGGAUUCCACGGCCGACCUGACCGAUUCGGACUUCGGCCCGGCCGGCCGGGUGCCCCGCAUGGCCGACCACGACGCCGACAAUCUGACCGCCGUCGGCUUCCACAAGGGCCUGCCGUUGGGCAUCGACCUGGAUGCCUUCGAGCAGGACCCCGUGGAGGAGUGGCUAUUCAGCUACGAGCGCCGUGACGACCCGACCGUGCGCACCAAUCGCCGGUGGAUUCGCAUCAUCGGCGGGUCCAAUGCCCAGCGGACAUUCCAGCGCCUGUGCGACAUCCUCCCCUCGACGACGGACCCCCGGACGGCCGGGCCAUCGCGCGUGUGGAGCCACUCCUCGGGCCGGGUCCGAGCCUGCCUGCCGGCCAACGGCGCGGUCAUCACCUUCCGCCAUUGGGUGUAUCAGGGCCGACCGGCGGCCGAAGGGGCCAAGACCGGCACCACCGGCACCACCGGCACCACCGGCACCGCCACCAGCGAUGACGGCCUCCAGCGGGAGCUCCUGGAAACCAGCCUGCUCUUGGACUUGACCCAGGCCGGCCUGGCCCCGGGGGAUCUGAUCGCCUCGGCCUACUAUCGGCAUCAUUUCCCGGUGCAGGCCGCGCCGACGGCCGCCGGGUCGGCCAGCGGCCCGGCGCCCCACCCGGACCCGCAGGCCGAGCGUCUCGGAGAACGACGCGCCCCGGACAUGCUGUGGCUCAUGAUGGAGCACCAGGCCCCGCAUCGGGUGCACGACAUUGGCCUGCCCCUGCGCCAGGCCCUGACUCGGUACAGCCGCCUGCUGGCCGACACCCCGGCCUCGGAGAAGGCCGCCAGCAUUCCCCCCCGCGAGCGCAUCCUCUUCCUGACGGAGAUGGCCGUCCGCACGGAUGCCGUGGUGACCAGUCACCUGGGCCCGGAUGUCCGGGAUGAUGGGCUCUAUGCGGCGGGGUUGCGGCUGGCGGCCGCGCGUGUGCAUGAGCGCUUCCGCGCCGGCGACCGGACCCCGGUCCAGGAUGAGGUCAUCGCCCGCGCCGGGCAGCGUCUCAUCCAAACCAAUCGCCGGAUUCGCGCCCGGGCGUUGGACAUCCGCUCGUCCAUCGGCGACCUGGCUGUCAUUGUGGAUCUCUUCGGGCCGACCAUCGGCCUGGCCGCAUGGGGCCUCAUGCCGGACAUGUUCCACCUGCCGGAUGCCGCGUACACGGCCGUCGUGGAGAUCACCCUGAAUGCCAUGCGCCGGCUGUAGUCCAAGCAGCGAAUGCAUGACAGGUCUUUGUAGAA